GAGAGAGAGAGAGAGAGAGAGAGAGAGAGGUCGAAAAAUUACUGUCCCACCAACCUCCGCCCCUGCAGUCAUGCCACACUCUGGAUUUCACUGUCAAGCCUCUUAAAAGAGAAAGAAAUCUGACUUGACCGUCAUUAAGGCCGGCGGUGUUUAAUGUGGAAGCGAUAAACGCCGACACUUCCGCGGUUCAGAGGAUCUGUUUGCUGGCGUGCCUGCGCGUGUAUGUAUGUAUGGGAGUGAACUGGAGAAAGCGAGGAGGAGAAGAAGAAGAGGAGGUUUGAUUCAUCUAGAGGCACUCAGUGGGAGGAGCCAUGACCGAGGGGGAGGGGCAGUUCUACAGCGUGCAGGUGGGUGAUUCCACCUUUACGGUGCUCAGAAGGUACCAGCAGCUCUGCGCCAUCGGAUACGGUGCCCAGGGUAUCGUCUGCUCCGCUCUGGACACUGUACUUGGCAUCCCAGUCGCUGUGAAGAAACUGAGCCGGCCCUUUCAGAACCAGACCCAUGCGAAGAGGGCUUACAGAGAGCUGGUUCUGCUCAAGUGUGUUAAUCACAAGAAUAUCAUCCGUUUGCUUAAUGUCUUCACACCCCAGAAGUCAUUGGAAGAGUUUCAGGAUUUGUACUUGGUAAUGGAACUGAUGGACGCUAGCCUUUGUCAGGUGAUCCACAUGGACCUGGACCAUGAGAGGAUGUCUUACCUGCUCUACCAGAUCCUGUGUGGCAUCAGACAUCUACACUCAGCUGGCAUCAUUCACAGGGAUCUGAAGCCCAGUAACAUCGUAGUGAAGUCUGACUGCACCUUAAAGAUCCUAGACUUCGGGCUGGCCAGAACCGCCUGCACUAACUUCAUGAUGACGCCCUACGUAGUAACCAGAUACUACAGAGCACCAGAGGUCAUCUUGGGCAUGAAAUAUAAGGAGAAUGUUGAUAUCUGGUCGGUGGGUUGCAUCAUGGGUGAGAUGGUCAAAGGAAGUGUCAUAUUCCAGGGCACUGAUCAUAUUGACCAGUGGAAUAAAGUGAUUGAGAUUCUGGGAACCCCCUCUCUGGAGUUUAUGAACCGUUUAAUGGAGACUGUAAGGAACUAUGUGAUGAACAAACCCCAGUUUCCUGGAGUCAGUUUUAACGAGCUUUUUCCUGAUUGGGCCUUCCCUUCAGAGACUGAGCAUGACCAGAUCAAAACUAGUCAAGCACGAGACCUGCUGUCCAAGAUGCUGGUAAUCGACCCUGAAAGCCGCAUCUCUGUGCAGGAGGCCCUCAGUCACCCUUACAUCCAUGUGUGGUAUGACCCAGCUGAGGCCGAUACGCCUCCUCCGCAGAUAUCAGACAAGCAGUUGGAGGAGCGGGAACACAGCAUUGAGCAGUGGAAAGAGUUGAUUUAUAAAGAAGUAAUGGACUGGGAGGAGAGGAACAAGAACGGAGUGCUGAAAGAGGAGUGUUUAGUAGACGGUACGGUGAACAGCAGCACCACUGCCUCCCAGUCAUCCUCUAUUAACGACAUCUCGUCCAUGUCGACGGAGCAGACAUUGGCCUCAGACACUGACAGCUCCUGCAUCGACACCCUCACAGGACCGUUAGAGGAGUGACUUCCACCUCCCCCGUAUCCACGCCUGUGUGGGCCAUGCUGUGGUCUUGACUGAAGAGAUCUGUGGGUGCACGUUCAUACAGCUUCAAGAUUACACUCGUAAUCCUUCACUCUUGCUUUUAAGGGGCUGUUUUUCCCUCUGACGCAUCUUACAUAUACAGAUAUUUGUGUAAUAUUAGCCUUUAGACAGGUCUGUUGUGGCUAAAGCUCAGAUUGCACACCAACAGCGACUUAAUUCUGUCGCGUUUCAUCAAAAAUCUUUUUGUUUAACUGCAUCUUCACAGUUUUAUUUUAGAUUUUUAAAAUAACUCCGUUUAUAAAUGGGCAAAUAAUAGGUUUAUGCUUUAAUGCAUUCACAUUUCACUUCAUAUAAACAAAUAUUAAUUCAUCUAGUGGUGUUAUUGCAGCAGCAUGUGUAAUAUCUGGAUUUAUCCCUGUCAUUUAUGUCCUCUCUCUCUGUGCGAUGUAGCUUUUAUUACCAUUAAUUUCAUCACCUAAAAGAAGCACAGAUAUAAAUUAUUGGACAACUUUAUAGCUAGUCAGCCCCUUUGGAACGAGUUCCUGUUUCAAGUAUUGCUGCAUGAUAUUAACAAAGAACACUUACUAGACAGACAAUGUAACUACAGAUCACUGAAAUAUGUCUAAACGCACCUAGAAACAGAAUAAUGGUGCCUGCCUCUGUACAUAGUCACCAUACCCCCAUUUUAAAAGAGAACUUGAUGCUUUUCAAUUGGUUAGGGUGUAGUCAUGUGUAUAUAUACGUACAUAGAUUUUGUGUAAAUGUUUUGUCAGUUUUUCUUUCUUUAUGCUGUGGAAAGUAUUUUGCAGCUUCUGAAUAUGCUUUAGCAUAUGCACUGUAAAACAAAACAAUGUAGAUGGAACUUGAAAUCGAUUUAAAAAGAAAAUUGCACAUAGACGUUUAAAAGUGAUCAUAUUCUGUUUAAAAUGCACAAAAACUUUCAUCUAGAUAUCAAUUGGAAAUUUAUGGAUGCAACAUCUUAAUCAAAGCCCUGUUCCUCAUUCCAAGAGUCUCUUGUAAGAUUGUACAUUUAAUUGCAUGAGCUAAUGCAAACCAUUGCCUUUUUUAAUCUUCUCCAACUUGAAAAGCCCAUAAGAAUGUUGUACAAAGUAAAUGCAUGGUUUCUUUCGGUCUUUCUUUUUUCUUUUUUAAUUUGUCAGCAGAUUAUUUUUUCAGUUUCCUCUUCUUGAAGAUGUCCGUUCAGUGAAACACUGAAGGAUUUUCAUGUUUGUAUGGAUUAUCAAGGCCAUAUAAUUUCAUUUCCUUUAUACAUGUCUCUAUAGCAUUAGGUUACUGCUUGCAGACUUGCGAUUCAGUGAUGGUACUGUGGGUAACCAUGCAGUUACAGGCCUGUUUUGGACUGUGAUUCUUUAACAGUAUAUUCAGGAUGGAAACCCACCCAUUCAUCAGUUUCGUAAACCUUUCUGCUUUCUUUUCUUUCCAGUGUUGUAGAUAUGUAUGAUGAUGUGUCCUGUACUCUACAUUCAUUUUUAUGCAUGAUACAACAAGCCCUCUUCAUCCCAGACUUGAGGACAUUGCGGAAACCUGUCCUCUGGUUGUAGAAGGUGAUUGGAGAGACUGUGGAGGAUCAUAUGAGUGAAUUGUUGAGUUUGUGUGCCUCCAAGCUCUUCUGACAGACUGAAACGGGAAUAUCAGUAGAUAGAUCCUUCACUGAUGGACAGGACUGGAGAAUGAACUUAGCAUCACCAUAAUUUUCAUGCCUUAAGCUUCUCACUAUAAGCGUCUCUAUAGCUAGGCCUGGAGAUCCCAAAAUGAUUGAUGGUAAUGUACCUACAAUCAAGUUCUUUUUCAGCAGGCUGGAUUGUUUGCUACUACGAUGCCACUUUGUCUGUUUUCUCAAACAUCACAUUUCUUGGUCUCCUUGGGCUUGUGAGAUUUCAUUUGGUGCUUCACCUUACUGUUUGCACAGUAAUAAUGUAUUUCAACAACGCAAUAGUGCAUUGUGUUCCAUUUUCAUUUUGGAGCUCUUGUACAUUAGUUUCGCUGGUGUGGACUCUGAUUGAUUCCUGUUAUGAACACUAGUGAUGACAUUGAGACCUUCAAGACAACCAACAAAGCUGGCUCACACUUUCUCAAGGGCUUACUUUGUCUUCUUUUAGGUGUCUGUUUCCCUUGGGGGAGAGGGUGUGUGUUUGUGAACAACAGUGUUCUUGUCGCUGACAAUCUGUCACUAGAGGUGGAAUCAGUAAUGACUUGAAGAAUUAUCCACUUUUUAGAUAUUCAUUUACCUCUCAGACUAUCUUCCUAAAGGCCAAUUCACUCUGCACUAAUAGAUGAUGACAGCCAACCGAUUACAGUAUGUCACUUCUCAGACAUUCCACCCCCCGACAAACACAGAUUUAAUGUUCAGUUGGCGAAAACAAGCACUGACCAAUGGUAACCGACACCGACAGGGGUAACACGCUGAUCCGACAAAUGUGUGUGGUUGUCAUGUCUGUCAUGCAGUGUGAGUUGGCCUUAAGAACAGUUCUCAUGGUCAUCAAUCAAAAUCUCAGUCAAAUCCUGUAAAAGGAAUAGAUAUCUAACUGCUCUGUGCUAGUAAUGUCUGUUUAGCUUUCAUGUGUUUUGUAUUGUUGUGCUACAUAGGGGUGCCCCGUCAGUGGGCUAUGAUGGGAGUUACCCAAAUCUCAAACCUGUCUGAAACAUAUGCAAAACCUUAAAUGAUCCUCUAUCUACAAUAAUAGAGUGACACUUCUUUUCUCUGUGAAAAUAAAAAAUAAAAAUAAAAGAAAUGAAACAUCUGUAAUGACUGGCCAAAUAAAAAGCUCAAAGUACUGUUUGUUUUGGUUGUUUUAUGUUUUAUUUCAUAUGGUAAAAAUGCAUUCAGUGUAUGAACAGUUUGUUUGUGUGCAAGGUAUGACUGUCUUGUGUUACAAAAUGUACAGUGACCCAGGGCAGAGACUUUUUAAGUCUGAGCGCGUUUGUCUUAAGAGCAUCCCUAGGGUCUAGUUUUCAUUAGAAUCUCUUUUCUCAAAUAUGGCAUCCAUGCUUACUAGACAUCAUGAAAUUUUAUCCUACUUUGGGUCAUUCCAUUGCCUUUGAUCACUUAAAUGGCAAAAAAUAAAUAAAUAAAAAAUUGCCUUUAAUAUUAUUUUGAACAUGCUGGUCUGCACAGUCGUUUAGGCAACAGAACUGUACUAGAAAGUGGGGCCAUGGUUUCCCUCAGGAAUGCAUCCUCAUUUCUACAGCCCUGAAACAGACUCCUGUUUUUAACAGCUAUUACUUUAAUGUUGGUGAUUCCCAACCCUGGUCUUGGAGUACCUCUAACACUGAACAUGUUUUAUGUCUCCCUAAUUCAGCUCAUUAGUUUGUUGGUAGAAAUUCCCAGAUGGAGGUAUCAGAUAAGAAAGACAUCA